AUGCCUCUCGAUACCUCAACAUAUGAAUUAGCGCUUCUGCGCGUCGACGGGCGAAGAUGGAAUGAACUCCGCCGUCUUCACGCCCAGAUUAGGACCCAAGAUGCCGCCGACGGUUCAUCAUAUCUCGAAAUGGGCCAUACAAAAGUCAUGUGCGUCGUGACAGGCCCUUCUGAACAGCAGCAGCAACGACGCGGCGGUCAACAAGGAUCUCGCGACAUGGCGGCGAUCAAUGUCAAUGUGGUGAUCGCAGGAUUCUCAAGCGUGGAUCGCAAGAAGCGAGGGCGCAAUGAUAAGCGCAUCCAGGAGAUCGAAACUACAAUUGCCAAUGCACUCGCUUCGAACCUACACACGCAUUUGUUUCCCAACUCAUCGAUCUCAAUCUCACUUCACGUUCUUUCACAAGAUGGAUCGCUACUCGCUGCUCUACUCAAUGCUACAACACUGGCGCUUAUCGAUGCUGGUAUUCCUAUGUCGGACUACAUUGCUGCCUGUACGGCGGGCUCGACCUCUACAUACGCUGCUGGGGACGACACGGCCGACCCCCUACUCGACUUGAACACCCAAGAGGAGCAAGAACUUCCGUUCCUCACCGUCGCGACGCAUGGCGCUACCGACCGAGUAGCAGUCUUGGUAUGCGAGAGUCGUGUGCAAGUCAGCAGGUUGGAGGGUAUGUUAGUAGUAGGUGUGGAUGGAUGUAAACAGGUCAAGCAGUACUUAGAUCAAGUGGUGAAAGACAAGGGUGCUGAAAUGGUCCAGGAGGGCGCCGUUGAAAGGAGUGACGCGAUGAUGGAUUUGGACGAAUAG